UUGCUGUGAAUUAAUGCUGUAAUAAUGUUUCUUUUUUAUUUUUAUUUCUUGUGAAAUAUUAGAUAAUUUCUAAUGCAUAAAAUAUUUUUUUAAAGAGUUUGGUGUUUUAGAUUGAUGUGAAUGUUUUUCAUUAAAAAGUAUCAAGUAAAUAGAUACUUAUAGAGACUUCUACCUGACCCAUUUACGUUUAGUUCAAUCGUUUAAAAAACGUACGUUGACUUAACUUAUAAUAUAAUAUUUGCGUCUUGUGGUGACGUGAAAGAAGAUAUAAUAUACAUUCUGUCGGCCAGUUGUCUUAACAGUGCAUGGAAUGUGAUGAAAAUGGGCGACAGCGUACGUUACCGGCAGCGACUUGCGGCCGUGGAGUCAAGCGAAAGUGCCGAAUUGAUCAAGAUAACCUCGUGCAGCUGGCGUUCGCCACUUCAGUGCCUGACGCGAAUCAUUCACACUCAAUGCGCGUCAAUCUGGUGCCGUAUUGCCCGCCAGAGCAACCCCUUUCCACCGCCAACGUCCAGCCUGCAGACCAUCCCUUUAUGAACAAUAUGGAUGAGAUAUCAUACUGGGUCUAUACAAAACGAGCUCCUUGCCUGUAUAACUAUGAUAAUGUUGUUAAGAAACAAAUUGAUCAACCUCACUGUUCCAAAACAAAACCUGCAAGUGUUCAAAGUCCUUGUGAGGAGGUGCCUUCACCAAAAACAAAGAAAAGAAAAUUAAAAUUAUUGGAUGAUGAUUCAGUUUCUACAGAAAAGCAACAACAUGUGUAUUUUGAAACACCCAAAUGUGACAAACAAAGGCCUGCACAAAGCAGCUGUAAAUCAGAGGCAGUGGCUUCUAAUAUUGAUUUUAAUAUUAAAAAUUCACCACAACAAAACACAACAAAAAGAUUGAAAUUGCAAAGAAAUUGCCAAACUACAUCACAAAAGAAAAACAAGCUCGUAACUUCGACACCAAAAGCCACAAACUUGAGAAGAAGCCUCAGAAAAGCUCAACAGAAUCAUAAUAAUUCUUUUGAAAUUUUCAAUUCGAAUGUUAAUAAUGGUACACAAGAAGAAAAACAAGAACACAACGAGAAAGGAAAGUUACAGAAAAGGGAAAGUAAAGUAGAAACAGAUAAAGACAAAAAUGCAGUCGUACUUAAUGGGCAGUUUGAGGACUUAAGUGAUGUUUCUGGUUUUACUGCUAAUUAUAUAAGAUCUACUAAAGUUCACUCCUCAAAAACCGCAAGAAAAUUGAGAAGCAGAAAUAGUAGGAACCUAAUGAAGGAUGCGAAGCCAAAUGUAACUUCUGAGAGUGAAAAGAUGUUAGUGUGUGUUAAUAAAUCAAUGAACACACAGCUCCCUGACACAACAGUACAGAAUUGCAGCACAGAUUCUUCACAGAAUGUUAUAAAUGUUGUAUCUGUCAAAAAUAAUGAAAAAUCUAGCAAAGUAAAUAAGAGUACUUCCCUCUUAAAGUUUAUGGACACUAAGGGAAGUUCAUCUAAUAACAAAAUAGAUAAGCAAGGAGGGAAGAGUAACCUUAACAUCUCAUUCCAGUCUAAAAGUAGUGGCACAUCUAGAUACCCUCGGCGACAGAGGAAUAAUAUGAAGGGAGACUCUGAACAAAACUGCUCUAAAAUGAAUAGCACCAAACUUAACUCAUUAGAUAAUGGUCGCAAAGAUAAUAGAUUAGAUAAUUCUAAUAAGAAAGAAAUCUCUCAGGAUAGAAUUACGACUAGGACAAGGAGUGGACGAAAAAUAGCACAGCGAUUGGGGCCUGAAGAGUCUGGCUGCUCUAUGUUGCAGUUAAAUGAUUCAAGUGAACCAGUUAGUUCGAGUGUUGCAUUAAAUAUGGCUACUCCUACCAAAAGGAGUAAGAAUGUGAACAAUUCCUCAGUGAGAUGUCUCCGCAACAGGAGAUGUAGGGACAAAAGUGGACAAGAUUUGUGUAAAGACUCUGUUAGUGACGAAAGUGUAAAAAAAAAUGAAGAUAAUGCACCUGAUUCAGCUUUACACUCAUCAACUCCUAGACGUAUUGGGCAUGUAAAAAAAUUAAUGGACAAAACUAGUGUAUCAUUGCGGAGGGACUCUUUGAGAGAUAGAAGUGGUUUUGCCGCUUGUUUUUCAGACAGUGACAGUGACAGUGAGCCUUUAAAACAACGGAAAUUUUUCUGUUAGCAUUUAACCAACAUUAUAAAUAACUUAUUAGCUUUGAGCAAGUAUAUCAAUAUUGGAAUUUUCAUCUAGUAGCUGUUUUUGGCGUGUGCCACUUGUCUUAUUAAAUAUUUGAUUCCCUGGCAUUUGAGAUGCCCUCAAAGUGCCCUCAUUAAUGCACAUUUUACAUAGAUAAUAAAAUAUUUUUUUUAUUAGAAAUAGAUAAUAAAUUUGCAUAUUUGCAAUAUAUGAGUACUGCAUUUGUCAAAUAUAUAAAAUAUUUGCAGUGGCAUAUGUAAUAACACAGACAAGAGAUGUUAAUAUUAAAAUAAAGAAAGCUUGUUUGAGAUUGCAAGAUGCCCCAUAGACUCGAUGGCAGAAAUGUGUUACUAGGUACUAGCCGCUCUGUUAAUUUAUUGUAUUUAGAGGACGAUUUGAAUGUACACAACAUGCUGAAUGUGACACGAAUGAAAUUUGUGUAUCAAAUUUGUAUUAUAAAGUGCCAUUUUAUGAAAUAUAAUUUAAUGGAUGUAUCUUUGUUUUCCAUGACUAUGACUUUGUUAUGUGUUAGUUAAGAUUUUAAUUUAGAGUAACUAUACUGCACUCUAUUGUUUAUUUUGUAUUAAAUUUUUGUGUAAUAAAUACAUUUACUGUUUUUUAAGAUUGUACAUUAUGUACAUGUCAUUCCUUUGCAAAAUAUUAAAUAAAUAAUUUAUUUUAUUUUCCUAGAAUUGCGAUGCGGAAGUCACAUUAUAGAAAUACAUGCAAGCGACUGAUGGUAUUAAUUUAUAUUAUAAAUCUGUAACCAUGUUAA